UCAAGAGCGCCAACUAUAUACGCGAGAAGGCCGACAUCAUGAAAGCGAUCCGACCGUUUCAUACCUGCAGUUUAGACGCUUCUAGAACCUCCGAGCGCGACUAUCAUGCGCCGCAUGGGCCAUCCUUCGAUUUUGUUUUUGUACGUCUUUUCUUCGAUUUCUUUUCGCCGCACUACGCGCCGCGCGCAGAUCUCGCCGAUAACACGGCGACGAACGAUGCCGUGACGUAAUGGCGUGCACUAGAUCUGACUGCAAUAACGCAUGCGCGAAUAUCGGAGCGUCGUCGUGAAAAAAAGAGUUAAACGCGGGCCCCCGACCUCCAUUUUCCUCUUGCCAGCUGCGCAUGUUGCGAAAGGCAGUUCUUCGGCGUCAUGGUAUGGCUUGCCACGAUGUUCAGGCACGGGGCGUGUAGUUGCAGUACGUACGAGUCGCGGUUUAAUUUUUUUGCUUGUGUUUGUGUGUGGACUUUACCUGGACUUAUGGAGCUGUGUACCAGGAACUGCGUCGCCUGGAAUUCAUCGAGGACGACUGCGAGCUUCGUUGUCGGCAUCAAAAUGGUGAGCCCCAAUAUAUGGCAGGCCGGCGAGGUGUGGGGCGUGUUCACCGAACGUCACUCGCUAUAGUUUCCUAGCUCAACCGAAGUUAAAGGUUGCGUGGAACUUUAGCGAGCGGGUUCCUUGAAAACUGCUGCCACUUCGGGUCCAAACACCCCGUGACACAGGCGUGCGUACAGCUUUCAGGCUUAGCUUACGGUUAGGUAGGUAGGUAGCUUGUCAUGGGUUUGUGUUCACGGAAGGACCCGACAUGGGGAUGCUCGUGGCGCUCCCGCGGCCGUCAUUUCGUGCCAGACUUCUGGUGCGUAAUGGGGGUUUUCGCGGGCCGCAAAGCGUCGUCCCUGUGUAAUUGCCUCGUCGGCUUGUCCCCGCUCUUCAAGAAACUGGCAACGUUUGAACUUCAAAUCUGCACAACGCAUCGCGUCGGGGACCUGCUACGAGCGGAACGCAGCUUCAAGUUGGCUGCUAGGCCAGAGUGCACAUGGACCAGCCGUGGCUUCGCGCUCAAGCGUUAUUCGAGCGCUGACGUACUAACACGCCCCGUGCCACUCCGGCGUAUCUUCCGCACUAUCGCCGACGGGAGCCUUGAUGGCUGCUGGACGUGCUCCCGGCAUUGGAUCGAACGCACAUGGUUGCUACCUUGGUCAGUCUCUCGCCUGAUCCAAGAUCUCUGCAGCAGUGCUCAUGGUCGCAUGAUCCGAUGUUCUUCAUCGUCUCAUCCGCUUGAGCGAAUGAGGCGAAUGAAGAACACCGCGUCUUGCACAACGGUCAUGCGUAGUAGUGCAGGCAUCCGGCACUAUUGCGCACGACGUCUUGCCCAACACUGCCCUGCACUGGUCCGCCUUGUCAACUUUCGCUUCUGGCAAAAGUUGAUUGGGCAUUCUUCCCCGGCUGGAGCAUGCGGUCUGCUGUGCGGUACCUCUCCUCUGCAAACUGCUGGUGUCACCAGGGCCACGUGCUACUAACAAGAGGCCAUGGACAAGGAUUGAGCUGCUUCCCUGGCAAUUAACAGAAAACUGACGGUCAUUGUUACCAGCUUCAUCAGCGGCAUCGAAUUGGUGUGGUGCGAGAGUAACAGGGCUGGCGAUGGUGGCAUACAUUCAACAACCGUUGCCACUUGCCAAGUUUUCUUGCGCCAUCGAACCUUGAGGUUAAUCGUGCAGGGAACCAUGUAGCUAAACUUCGGCACAGUUGUUGCCGUGAUGGCUCUUCUCCACGAUGAAACCGAAAGGGGACUAGCUGGUGUGGCGGCGCAUAUAGCUUCGGGCUUUGUGAACCUGAAGUUGUAUACGUCUUUAAUGGCAGGUCGUGGCCGCAGCGAAGGACAAGCAACACAACACUCGCAAACACUUAGUUUUACCCUAGGCAGGUCGCGUACAGGACGUCCUCGGGAGGCUGGCGCUGGACUGUAAAGGCCAACAUAAGUGGGUACCGGUGCUUGUCAUUUGGUGGUUAGUACUCUUCCAAUGCCUGUCUUCGCAAACGUCCACCCACUAAGUCCUGCUGCGGCCACUGUCGCCACACGAGUCGUGUGGCAAGGGGGUACGUUUAGCGGACACUAGGCAGGUUUUAGCUAACACUAGGCAGGUUGUAGCUUAAUUUUGCAAGUACCCUUGCGUUUUCAUCGGGAGGAGGGCCCACUUCGGAUUCAGUUGCGCUCCCGGCCACUGUUUCGUGCCGGUUCAUUCUGGUACGAAACGUGGUUUCCGCGGGUGCAAGAUGGCGUUAGUUUUCUCAACUGCUUCAUUGUUGUCGCGUUAACUCAAUGCCAUAGACUUGUAUCAGCAGUCCCAGUGAGUAGUGGCCAUGAUGGAUGUACAGGCGAGUUUUUCUAUCUCUCAGGUCUACGCUUGUUAAUAGUCCCUGUAAGUAUAUUGCAGUCGCUGUCCUACUACGGUCACGCUUGCCUUCCGGUUUGUCUUCAAGCCUGGUCUUCAAUGAUCCUGACCUUGGAGAAGAUCGUGCAUGGAUCGCCAGUAUCCCUUGCAGUUCGGAUUGGUCCUCAACCUGCGCAACCUACUAUUGUCUUCGUUUGCACCAAGAGAGCAGUCAUCUGCCCACCCCCAUCGCAUUUCCCUGCUGGCACUGAACGGGGUCUUCCUGGUUGACAUCCUCUCAACCAACACAGCCUCGCCUUUGCAAAGGGGCGGUAACGCCUGGACCAUGGACUGCAAAACCAGGAACCACUGACAAGGAGGUGCACCGCCAGCAGUUCAAGGACCACUGAAAUAACUAUCAUCGCUGCGAGCUUCGCUAGUGGCACCAAGUUGGCAGCUCUGCAUCUGGCGCACACAAUGGAUGAUCUCGCAGGUCCUUCGUGUUUCAUCCAGUUCUUACUCCACCAAAGACGACGUCCAUGGUUUGACCGUCCCUCAUCCGACAGUUUUCUUCUCCCUGCUGGUGCCCACUGCGUUCUCUUAAAGGACCUUUGCUCGACGAUCUGCAGUCACU